AUGCCGUCACGUCGCAGCGGUGGUGUGGGCACCACACGACGCAAGCACUCAUUGGGUAACCUGAGGCGAGCGCAUCCCGCCUCGGGUGCCACAUGGAAUGUGCAGGUGGUGCGUGGCAAGAUGUCCUCCAAGUGCCUGUGGCAUGCUUGCCGCGCACUCAUCCUGGGCCUCACGCUGAUGCUGGUGGGUGCCGGGAUGGCCACGCUCGGCUACUAUGCGGAUCAUCUGUCGAUGGGCUCCGAGUUGCGGGGCAAUGUCACGGUGCGGGUAAAGAACGAUCUGAAGGGCUUCCAUUUGAACAACUUCUCGUAUGUGGGACCCAUUGUGAUGGGAUUCGGUGGCUUCAUUGUCGUCGCCAGCUGUGUGAUGACCUUCGAGGCACGCGACUCUGCAGCCAAAGUGGUGCCAGCUCGUCUACGCGCAGGCGGUGGCAGUUGCAACAAGUCCACGGCGCGGAGCAAUCAAGGCAGCUCGGCGUCGCAGAGAAGGGGCAUGGGCGCUCAGUAUCAAUCAACCCGUUGGGAUCAGCACUUUGGCGUCUUUCGGUCCUCGCCCGGCGAUGCACACCAACAGCUGCAGGCAUCAGGCGCUGCUGGAGAUCAGUUGCAACCACAUCAACAGCAGCAGCAACCAUUUGAUCGUGAGGCGCUCACCGCGGAGUUGAUCAAGUUCUCGAAGUCGCUCAGCGCAUCCACACGCUUCUCGCCACAGCUGAGACGCCUCACAUUCACCGGUUCCGUGCCCAAUCUGUCCACCAUCCACCACCAUGCCAAUGCUCAUCCAUCCAACGCUUGCAUCGACACUAAUCCAUCUGUCAAUCUGUUCUCACCGCACUACCACCACAAAACACCGCUGGAACAACUCCAACUACAACUGCAACUCCAACUGCAACAACAACAACUACAAAUGUGCUGCAAACGACAUCAUCAUCAUCAUCGCCAUCAUCAACAUCAACAUCAACACAAACAACGCAAACAACAACAACACUCGAGCAGCAGCGUUCGUCGAGUGCGCACCACACGCUCGGCGGGUGGCGGUGGAGGCGGUGGUGGUUGCGGUGGUGCUGCUGGUGGUGCCGUUGGCUCCAGUUCACGCAUCAUCAGCAACUCCUCCAGCCUCAUUCAGCGCAACACUCGCGAAUAUGCCACCUGCACUCUGCUGCAACCGCCGGCUGCGAGUCGCGUCUAUUGGCAGGCUUCGUCUUUUGAUGCCGGCAUGGGCGGCGUUGUGGGCGUGGCUCACAGCUCUGCUGGCAGCGAGAAACGCGCCGAGCGCAACAAACGUUCCGACACGGCCAAGCGACAUGUUCUGUCACGUCAGCGACCCAUCGAGCACGAGGAGGCAGCCAGGGAGCGGGAACGUUGCAGUCCGCUGGGCCACAGGCGCAACUCAACCAUGUCGGACUCAUCGUAUAGCGGCCGCUGGACGGCGCGUUGUGCCUCGGUGGCGAGUCGCACCUCGAGCAUUGAUUCGCGGCAAGUGCGGGUGGAUCUGCACAGUCCGGAAGUGAUGCCCAAGUCGAUACUGCGCUCACCCAAACGCUACAGUUGCGGCCCCUCGGCCACGCCAUCCGUUGAGAAGGACUUCCGCAGCCAACUGUCCGUAUGCUCUGAGCCGCCACCCCCAGUGCGUCAAUUGUCCGGACAGUCGAGCAUGGAGCCCGCCGUGCCGGAGGAGAGCGUCGAGCUAAUCGAUGAGCGUCACAGCCAUGACAAUGACGAGUGCCACGUGUCCUCCUACAGUGAGAUAACGGAAUUGGCGCAUCACAGCAGCAGCCUGCCCCCCAAGAAGCAACGCCCGGAUUUCUUGCCUCUGGGCAGCAGUGCAGAUCAUCAGCAACAACAGCAACAGCAGCAGCAACAGUCGUCAGAUACACAAAAGGUUAAUCCUGCCACGCUGUACAGAAGCAACAGUUCCAGGCAGUUCUAUCGACCCAAGCCGGGCAUAGCCAACGAGCGGGAUGAUUCAGUGUUCUACAUACGCUCGCUGGAGCGACAUGCCAGCUCCACCAGCGGUGAUGAUCACAUGUACGACUCGCUGAGAGUCAUCAACGAGCGUCGCUCCACGUUGCUCAAGGCGGAUUCGCAGAGUUCUUUGGGUUCCGCUGAGCGUAAGUUGAGCAGCUUCUCGCUUAAAAUGCCCGACAUAACGGAGCGAGAGAACUCUAUAGACAUUGAGGAUCCUCCCAAAACGGAGGCUGAAACACUACCGAAAGCGACAACCGACGAAGAGAAACCCCAAGAGGAAACCUAAUAAACCCCGUAGAUAAGAUGAAUGGAAUAUUUAGUAACCGGAUAGCCAAACGACAGUUACUUUAACACAGAUAGAACUAUUAUUAUCUUGCAGAAUUGGUACACCGAAUUUGAAUUUAGGUUUAUAAAGUAUAUAGAAUAUAUAUAUAUAUAUAUAUAUAUUAUAUAGAGUAAUCUAUCGAUCUCAAAGCUCUAUUUGCUUCUUUCUGAAUCGUUAUCUGUGUUGCCCUAGGCAUUAAUCGAUGUAUUGAUAAAAGCAAAAACAACUAUUUUAUAUAUAUUUAUGUGUUUAACCAUGUAGUCUUCCUAUCGUUGAACUGUUUAAUUGUUGAUCAAACUACAGCUAACUCAAAGAAUCAAAUGUUACCAUUUUUUUCUAAAAAAAAAAUACACUAUAUAUAAAGCGAGCUUUUAACAAUUAAGCGCUCUCUGAUCCUAAUUCCAAACUUUAGAUUUGUUCCCCCAGCAAAAACUGUUUCAAAAAUUGUAUAUAAUAGCACUAAUAAUACAAUCAGCUUACAAGCGAAGACUGAUGUUCGUAAUAUGAUGAUGAUAACUAAUUAAUGAUGACGAUGAUGAUGUUCUACAUUUGAUGAAUUCUGUGCGCUAUAAAACGAGUUCUAAUACAAAAUAUAUUAUAUGUCAAUUUUGUUCAAAUACAAUGAAAAGCAAUACGAAACGGAAGAAGGGAAGAGGAGUGCACUGAGUGCAGCAAUUAAUAUUAUGUUCACACUUUAAACUUAACUAAAAUUGGUUUUCUGAAAACACACAUAACAUAAUAUAAAUAAUAAGUUCGCAGAAGGUAAAUAUUGAUAAUCAUAUACCAGUAAAUAUGUAUUUUAUAUCUGAGUGUUAAUUUGUAAAAUCGAGAGAAAUGUUUCUUAAUUCAUGUUUCUUAUAAAUGUGUUGAACAAACGAAACCUACAUUUAACGUAAAAAUAUAAUAUAAAACGAAACCUUUUAGGGCGAUCUGGCAUUGUCCACUAAAAAGAGCAAUUUGUACUUAUGAUAUAUAAAUCAGACAAACCCAACAAAAAAAAUGUUAUAUGUACUCAUUAUUGAUGUGCAAAGAGUUUUAUAUUACUGUUUAUUGCAUGUGACAUCCAUAUCCAUUAGCAAUGCAAACAAUAUUUAUAUUAAUAAAUGAAAUUAUAUGUGUGUUAAA